AUGGCUUCUGCUACCUUUGUGUUUCUACUACUCAUCUCUGCACUUUAUUUUUCUGCAGUACUAGCAGCUCAACAAAGAUCAUCCCACAUUACCUUAGGUUCUUCUCUCUCCCCUUCCUCCACCAAUUCAUCAUCAUGGCUUUCUCCUUCUGGUACAUUUGCCUUUGGAUUUUAUCCACAAGGAAAUAGCUUUGCCAUUGGAAUAUGGUUUGCCCAAAUACCUCAACGUACAGUCGUAUGGACAUCCAACCGAGACGAUCGACCUUCAUCUAGCAAUGCCAAGUUGCUCCUUACCAGUGAUGGUGGGUUGGUUCUGCAACGCACACAACAAGACCAACCAAAAUCUAUUUCAGACAAUUCCCAGUCUGCCUCUUGGGCUUCCAUGCUUGAUACCGGCACAAUGUCUAAGAUGGAGAACACCCAAUGGGAAGAAAAUCCAUAUUAUGCAAUUUUAUCAUCCACUACCGAAGAAGAAUGCAAUGAGGCUUGCUUGGCUGACAAGUACUGUGAAGCUACAGCGUUUCCAGACAAGCAGUGCCGAAAACUGUCUUUCCCGUUGAGAUAUGGAAGAAGAAUACUAGAUAAAAAACUACCACCACAAUUUUUGUUAAAGUCAGCAGCUCGUGGAAAAGGUCGUUCCACGAGUCCAGCACUCCAAUAA